GCCAUCAACGACCUCUUUUCACUUUUCACAUUUCACAUUUACCCUGCAUCUUGUUACAUCGCCAAGCAUAAUAUUAGGCAAGAUAUCACGUGACAGGCCUAAACCCAAUAUAACCUAGGUGUGGAGUCAAAUUGAGGGUAAGAUAAGCAACCUUCCGGAUUUCCCUCGGCAUUCCCACCCAACCUUAGUUUCAUGAAUUGAAUGGAAUUGUUCCACGACGACCAUGAGUGAAGGACCGUCAGAACCAAUUGAAGCCUCCAUUACUCCUGAUGAGGCCAAUAGAAUUAUACACUCACAUCGUAAAGUUCGAUAUGGUAUGAUGGAUCAUUUCCCCAAUCUUGACUGGAUGAACCCCAAGUCAAGAAUCUUUCGUUUGGCACUGGCUGAAAAAUUCUUAGGAACCGCUUGCUGGCCUUGCAGACAACGCAAGGUCAAAUGUGAUAACAGACAUCCGUGUGAGAACUGUGUGAAGAGGGAUCACGCCGUCUUAUGUUCGUACAAUCCAAAGAAUCGGGAUCUCGGAAAGACGAUACCGACAGCUUCAGUAGCUGGAGUUAAAAGGGGCCGAACCCCGGACAGUGCCAGCGACCACUCUGGUAGAAAAGAAGACGGCUGGCCAAGAACAACAGGUAAAUACCAAUUUGUGACAAGCUACCAAGAAAUGAAGAUGCCUUCAAUUCUAGUGUAUAAAAUGCUCUCAUCCAUUGUUCCUAUUGCUGGACCAAGUGUUCCCGUGGUAGUAUCAAAUAUCUGUGAGUCCGAUUGAACUCCGAAGUUAAUAUCACUACAGAAGAAGAUGAUCCAAAUGAAUCACGAUAUCUGGGACAAAAUUCAAUCGCCGCUUUUUUGAGUGAAGAAGCUCAGAUUGGAUCAUCGCCUGGCGAAGGAGAACACGAUGUCAUACGGAAAGACAUUAUGCCUAUACUGGGUUUACAGAUAUCAGCGGCUCCGUUCCCGUUCAUGUCCAAAGAUCAUAUGGAUAAAAUAAGACACGACAUUGCAGCGGCAUUGCCAUCGGAUAAGGAUGUCCUAAAGUAAGUAGCACGAGGUAUAAGUAUAAGAAAGUUGGCAGUCCCUGCUAACCUAUGCAUAGGUCAUUUCAAAUUUACAAACAAAUAGUUCAGCCAUUCUGGGGCCUGUUGAUUGAUAUUGAUGAUUUUGAGACAAGGCUGUGUAUCUACCUGGAAGAUCGGGCCAGUUCGGCAAAAAGCAGGAAUCCAAAUCAAAAAGGGGUAUCGUCAGCCUGGCUGGGAAUGCUAUUCGCAGUACUUGCUGUAUCAUCAAACUACGCGGAGACUACAUAUCACAAACGUGUAGCGGCCUCGCAAACUUUUGGUAGGUCAAACUAAUUUUCUUGAAUAGUGAAGCAAUCUAAUCUUAAGUACAGUUCAGACAUCGUUCCAUUGUCUGAGACUAUCCAACUUUUUGAUUCGUCCGUCGUUGGAUUCAUUGCAGGCACUUUUGAUUCUUGGGUUUGUUCUAGCCAACGAUAUGAAAGCUGAGGCCUCGUGGGCAUUAAUUGGUCUCACUUGUAGACUUGCUCAAGCUUUAGGCCUUCACAGAGGUCCGAACGAAAGUGGCAGAUUCUCAUCUUCGGAGGAUAACGAUUUGCCACGCCGUAAAUUAUGGUAUAUUCACCCAUCAUCGUCUGUUGUUGUCCCCCCGUCUAACAAAUUAUAGGUGGACUAUCGUUUGGCAAGAUAGUUUACUCUCACUUUCAUUCGACAGAUCUCCCAUCGCCGUAAUCACAAGAUGUAAAGUCCCUCUAAGCCCAAUCGCUUUAACGGAAGGCUUUACUUACACAGAAGCUAUGUACCAUCUUUGUCAGAGAAUAUUAGAUUUUGUCAAAAAUGAUUCGGCUACUGAGCCGGAUUAUAAUCAAAUCAUCGCCAAUUCAAUUGACGUAGAAAAUAUUCGUCAAAGAGUUCUUCCAGCACUCCGCAUUAAAGAAGCAUGCAAAACAGUUCAAGAUAGAUUACAGUAUUUUGCCCUUCGCCUUCACACAUCCUUCGUCGUCUCGGUAUUAUGCCGGCCCGCUCUUCGUCGUGGGGAAAAUGGAAUGUCUUCCGACCAAAAGGCAAUUAUCGCCGAAAAAUGUAAACAAAAUCUUACUGAGACGGUUAGAAUGUACCUAAAGAUGCAUUCUCUAAGCGUCAUACCCACACGUUCAUGGGCAUUCACUUACCAUGGUCUUUCAUCCGCCGUUCUUCUUGGAAUCUUAGGUGAAACCAAAACAGAUCCAGAAGUUCGACAACUUCAAGGAGAUUUAAUAAAUGCUUUGUCUGUAACUGCAGCAAAAGAACAGCCAUCCACGAUUCCUAAGUCAGAUAAGGAUAUUGAACUCAGUGGACCCUUAUCGAGAGCUUUAGCUGCACUGAAAAAUAUCUAUGAUCAUGGAUGGGUGGUUGAACAACAACAAAUUCAACAACGAGCAGUUAUGGCCCCAGAAGCUCAGAUGAUGCAGGACCAAGAUUUCAAGUCUACAAGUGAAUAUGAUCAGCAAAAUGCUGCUCUUGCUAUGGCCUCUCUGCAGAAUGGAAUUGUACCACCGUAUGUUUUCACACUUAUUGAUGGAUUUGUAGGCAAUCUUUACUAACCUGGCAUAGUUUGGACUAUACGCAGCAGAUUCCUAUGGGUAACAUGGGUGGCGAUAUGCAGUCUGUAGAGCAGACACUAAAUAUGUCACCGAUGGAUUUGUUUGAUUCAAUUUUCUGGGGUAAGUAAUCGAUAAUCACUUUUCCUCUGCCACUUCUUGUUUGACCCUAAUUGAUUGAUACCUCUCUACUAUCGCCACGCUCAUCACCAUCCCGCUCUUUCAAUUAAAGCAAGUCUUACUAAUGCCCAACACAGAACCAUAUCCUCAAAAUGGUCUAGAAACAGGUUUCGAUUAUGCAGGAGCGCCAUUUUAUCCGCAAGCACCACCCUUUUAAGAAGGCAUCAAUCUUGACUGGCUGCCACAGCCUAAUAUUUCAUAAUGACAACGAGGAAGACCAUGAUAAGUGUCUAUCUAUAGUAUAAAAAGUUUGGAGUUGGUCGCCAAGUUUGAGGGAUGUCAUUUACGAACAAAUUGUCACCAGCAUGCAGCUAUUUGGGAUAUUGUGUCUUGGAGUACUUUUGAGCUGUGGGAGGAUCUGAUUGCUGGGAAAGUAAAACCUUGGAGUGAGUUUAUCUUUAAUGAGGUUAAUGAUAUGAUGCUUUACAUUUUGUAUAUGAGUGUUAGUUAUUGAAUUUGCUGCAGUUGCUAUAGCUA